AUGGCAUUUUUGUGUGACAAGGCAUUAGCUUUUACUAGUAACGAUAUCUUUGAACAUGAGGGCUCUGACCAGCCUGUUGGCAAUUCUAUGUCAUUAUCGAAAAUCAAAUGUCGACGGAAGUUAGAGAAACUAUACUCAGAGACACGUGAUUCUUCCACAAGAUUUGAAAACAUACAGUAUGGCACAGAGAAAGACAACACAGACAAAAGUAAAAGGCACUAUGUCCCCCUUAAUUGGAGUCUCGCAUGUACAAUGCUUGGUGGUCAAUGCAAAACUACAUGCGGUGAUAAAGAAUUUAGGAUGAUAGACUGUAAAAGACCGACGACUAUUUGCUGCAUGAGAGAGUGUGACCCUAGGACGUAUUGA